AUCACAUUCUUCAUGUUGUUGUCAGCAGUUUGUGUGAUGCUCAACCUGGCAGGCUCUAUCCUCUCCUGCCAGAAUGCUCAGCUAGUCAACUCACUGGAAGAAUGUCAGCUGCUCAAGUUUGACAGCGAUGGAGUGUGUGUUUGCUGUGAGUUACAACAAGAGAGUUCAAGUUGCAACAACCUUGGAGAGACGCUGAAACUUAACCCACUGAGAGACUGCAAUACCAUACGCUUACGUCUCAAGGAGCUGCUGUUCAGCGUAUGUGCCCUUAACGUCAUCUCCACCAUUGUUUGUGCCCUAGCGACAGCCAUGUGCUGCAUGCAGAUUGUUUCUACUGAUGUCCUGCAGAUGUUUAUGCCGCACCGAACAAGAGAGCUAAAUGCUGAUUGUAUGACUCCCCAUGGAACUAUCCUCCACCAAACACUGGACUUUGAUGAGUUUAUUCCUCCCAUUCCCCCACCGCCCUACUAUCCUCCUGAGUAUACCUGCACACCAUCAAUGGAUGGCCAAAGAGGCCUGCACCUAGACUUCCCUCAUUCACCCUUCAGUGCCAUUUAUGGAGUGCCCAUCAACAGCCCUGGCACUCUGUACCCGACUGACCUGCCCCCACCGUAUGAAUCUGUGGUGGGGCAGACCCCUGCAAGCCAGGUCACCACCAGCAUUGAACAACAGGAAUCCAGUCUGUGUGACAGAAACACAACAGCAGGAUUUAGCACUCAAGCCUCUGUCGACAGUGCAUCCCUAAUGGUGUCAGAAGUUGCUGAUCAAGACCACACUUGCUCUUCAGAGGACUUGUAUUCCCUAGAGGUCCAAGGUUCAGAUUCCUCUCCCUAUAGCACACCCCACACUGCGCUGACUGAUGGAAGCUGCACCAGCCUUGAGCUUUGUACUCGGACACGCUGCCCUCAUGGCUUCUCUAACACCGACGCCCGCCCGAGUAACACUGGAUUCAGUGAGUCCUCACAUACUCAGGAGUCCCUUGAACGCUCUCCAGACUGGUCCUCUGAAAACUAUAGCAAUUUGGACCAAGAGGAUUCUGCAGACAACUCGCGUGUAUGUGAGGAAUUUAGGUCUGCCAUACACCUUUGCGAUGAGCUUGCAUCAGCCAAACAUUUGCCAGAAGAGCCAAAAGUGUCACCACACUCUCUCAUUAAAACGCGAAUGAUGAACCGGAAGCUCCCACUUGCUGUCGCUCUCCCCCCACCUCCUCAGCCUUGCUCCCCCACUUCAGUGGCCUCCUCUGGUGGAACCUUAGCUAUCAGUCCAUUAGCUCCCUCUCCCUCUCCAUCUCCUCCCAGCCGGCUACGAGGUCCCCGGUUGUGCUUUAGCGUAUGGGCACCCUCCUCUACUCCACAGCCCCCACCUACCUCAUCUCAAAUUGGACGUUCACCCGCAGAGAGGCCUCGUGUGCUCCGUGCUGCCAGGAGGUACCGCAAGCUGGCACAUAUUGUCCGGUCUACCAGUGACCCCAUCUCCUGCUCUUCUACUACUGGUAGAGAAUCUUGUGCCUCCACAUCUGCAGUUAAUGCUUCAGCUGGAGAUUCAGCUCAUACAUCACCAGAGCAAGAGCAAACGGGCAUUUCUGCUGAAGGCACUGGAGGCAAACCGAGUCAUAAAUGCACCAAGAAGCAGCAAAGGGAGAGCAGAAAAAUAGACCUCCACCUUAAAACCAGAACUCUGCAAGGACACUCCCCCCGUGAGCGACCACAGUCCCUGGCUGACCUCAAAAUGUAUAAAGACACUAAACUAUUGGUGGCCAAGUUCCUGGAGCAUUCAAGCUGCAAUUUACCUCCUGAAGUCCAGCAAGUUGUCAACAAUAUCAAGUGUGUCAUCAAGUCUGAUGAGAAACACAUGGAGGAGGCCAUAUUCAGUGCAAAUGUCAUAGAUCAGGUGAUGACCCAGUGCAUCAGUGUCAGUCCCAGGAAACGUGGCCAAGUGGAUCUUCACCUCCAAAGCUGCGGUGCUUUGAGUUCUUCCCCUUCCAUGCGCCGUCCCAAAAAUCUCCCUGAAACCACGAGUGCCAAUCCCCUGGACUCACCUUCCUUGGAACAAAGACUUGAGUGUAGGGAAACUAUUCUCUGACCACCAUCUUUAUAAAGACCUGAGUUUAAGCUAUGAGGGCAUUCCAAAGUGCUCAUUUUGCAACCACUGUGUGCUGUGCAGUAAUUCGUAAGUGGUCCAGAAUUGCGAGGUCACGUUUGCACAGUAUGACUGUGGCACAAGCAAAGGGGAAGAGGCUCAGAUUUUAUCAACUAGAGCCCGAAAUAAGUGUGCACAGUCAUCAGC